AUAUCAAGAAGAGCUGGGUAUAUAAGCCAGGAUGCUUCGUUGAGGAAGAAUCAGUUCUUGAGUUUGGAAAGAAACGACGAUGAAGCUUUUGGUAGUCUUUGCCCUCUGUGCAGUCUCUGCUGUUGUCUUUGCAGAAGAUGAGGAGACUUUUGCAUUGAAAUACCUGAAUCAGUACCAGUACAUCUCCCAAUCCCGAUCCGGCAACCAAAACGUGGAAACUGCCCUGAAAAACUUCCAGAAAUUCGCUGGAAUCCCAGAGACCGGACGCGUGGAUGCUGCCACCAUCACUCAGAUGAAGAAACCAAGAUGUGGUCUUCCUGACAUGGACGAGAGUGGAUUGAGAGUCCGUAGGUACAAGACAGCAGAACCCUGGGGUAAGAAGGAACUGUACUACUUCAUCCAGUAUGGUCGGGACCUUCCAACACGCACACAGGAUAACGUGUUCUACUAUGCAUUGAAAUACUGGGCUGAUGUAUCUGGAUUGUCGUUUAGACAAGUUGGAAGGGCUGAACAUGCUGAUAUCAAGAUUAGCUUUGGUUCCAAAACCCAUCAAGGAACGAAUGCCGAGAGCACCUGUGGUUAUCCCUUCGAUGGCCAAGGCAAAGUCCUUGCUCAUGCUUUCUUCCCUUCUGACGGUCGCGCUCACUUCGACGAGGACGAAAAGUUCACUCACGAAACCUCAGAGGGAACCAACUUGAAGUGGGUAGCCACCCACGAGUUCGGUCAUGCCCUGGGUCUUCACCACACUGAUGUUAAAGGAGCCAUUAUGUACCCAUACUAUACUGGUUAUGUUAAAAAUAUGAAACUGCAUAGUGAUGAUAUCAGAGGAAUCCAGUCUCUUUACGGUGAGUAUAAAUGGUGGGUGGUAUGGGGUGAAUUAUGGGUAGUAUGGGGUGAUGUAUGGGUGAUAUGGGGUUAUGUAUGGUGUAAUGUAUGGGUAGUAUGGGGUGAUGAAUGGGUGGUAUGGGGUGAUGAUGGGGGAUGUAUGGGUGGUAUGGGGUGA